UUGUGACCGCACCACAUUCCCCGCUUUUCAUCGCAGCCCCCUGAACGAAGCCAAACACCCCGGUAACAUUCUGCUCGUCCCUCUGUCCCACCUGAACCACGCCACCUGGGCUGUUGUUUCCUCUGUCGAAUGUGAGGCGUUGACAUUUUGACAGCAUAUCUGAGUGAAAACGUCGUGAGUAUCGUCGUAUGAGCGUUUCUUCAUUGUUUGAAUCGAGGGCCGCUGCGGAGCCGCUAGCCAGUAUCGUGCACAGUUUGUGCCCAUUCUGUCACCAUGGCAACAGAAGACAAGAAGCCAGAAACUGACACAAAGCCCCCAGUGGUGCAGACAGCAUCUGCCAGUCAAAGCAAGUCUGCGCCAGCCAAACCCAACUACAGCUUGAAAUUCACACUAGCAGGCCACACCAAGGCAGUGUCCUCUGUCAAGUUCAGUCCAAGUGGAGAGUGGCUGGCUAGCUCCUCUGCUGAUAAACUCAUUAAAAUCUGGGGAGCUUACGACGGCAAAUUUGAGAAAACUGUAUCGGGACACAAACUGGGCAUAUCUGAUGUAGCCUGGUCCUCCGACUCCAACCUCCUGGUGUCUGCGUCUGACGACAAAACCUUGAAGAUCUGGGACGUCAGCUCGGGAAAAUGCUUAAAGACUCUUAAAGGGCACAGCAACUACGUUUUCUGCUGCAACUUCAACCCGCAGUCCAACCUCAUUGUGUCCGGAUCGUUUGACGAGAGUGUAAGGAUAUGGGACGUGAAGACCGGGAAGUGUUUGAAAACAUUGCCAGCUCACUCGGACCCUGUCUCAGCUGUUCAUUUCAACAGAGACGGCUCUCUGAUCGUGUCCAGCAGCUAUGAUGGGCUCUGUCGAAUCUGGGACACCGCAUCUGGGCAGUGUUUAAAGACGUUGAUCGACGACGACAACCCUCCGGUUUCUUUUGUCAAGUUCUCGCCCAAUGGGAAGUACAUCCUGGCUGCCACGCUGGACAACACACUGAAACUGUGGGAUUACAGCAAGGGAAAGUGUUUGAAAACGUACACCGGCCAUAAAAACGAGAAGUACUGCAUAUUUGCAAAUUUCUCCGUCACAGGUGGAAAGUGGAUCGUUUCGGGCUCAGAGGACAACAUGGUGUACAUCUGGAACCUGCAGACAAAAGAGAUUGUGCAGAAACUUCAGGGUCACACGGAUGUGGUGAUUUCGACAGCCUGCCACCCCACAGAGAACAUCAUCGCUUCUGCAGCUUUAGAAAACGACAAAACCAUCAAACUCUGGAAAAGCGACUGCUAAAUCAUCAUCAGGCCACUGUAUCUUAUGAAGUUGUUUUCUAUGUUUGGCUGUACAAAAAUGGAGGGAGGGGGCUUUUUUAUUACAUAAUUUUGACAGGAGUUCUAUGUGGAUGGAAGAGACGAAUUUCAUCGUCCCUGGUUUGGACUCCACUCCCCUUGCGAUCCAGUCGUUUUCUUCUGUUUAUUUUUUUUAUGUCUCAGAGUUUGUUAGUGUAGUUGCUGAAUUUGAACAAUUUUGUUAUUAAAUAACAAAACAGUUGUGAUGCUUCAGUGAUUUUACUGCAAUAACACAGAUGUCACAGCUUGGGACCCGCACCCUCACAUCCAUUUCUUGUACAAUAAAUAAAAGGUUUUUUGGCCUUUG